UACAGGAACACGUUUGUGUCAAGUUGUUUAUGCUAACAAAGCUAGCUAGCUUCUCUUUCAUCAUGACUGUUUUGAUAAAACCUGGUCACGUUCGCCUCGGGAUGAGAAUACUUAUGUCCGCUCAUCGCAGCUGUAGGGUGGUAUUUUCAAAGAGAAGUUACACCAGUGAGGAGAAUAGCAAAAUACCCAAAAUAUACACUAAAACUGGAGAUAAAGGGUUCUCCAGCACUUUUACAGGAGAAAGGAGACCAAAGGAAAACCAAAUCUUUGAGGCUUUGGGAAAUACAGAUGAACUGUCAUCAGCUAUUGGUUUGGCCAGAGAAUAUUGUCUUGAAAAAGGUCAUACAUUCACAGACCAGCUUGACAAGAUACAGUGUAUUUUACAAGAUGUGGGCUCUAACAUUGCCACACCUCAAUCAUCAGCAAGAGAAAUUCACAUAAAAAGAACAGAGUUUACCAAUUCAUCAACUGCAGACUUGGAAAACUGGAUAGAUCAAUUUACAGAAGAACUUCCACCACUGACACAUUUUAUCCUACCUUCUGGAGGAAAGAGCAGUGCCACUUUGCACUUAGCACGGACCAUAUGCCGAAGAGCAGAACGCAGUGUAGCGCCAAUUGUUCGAUCUGGGGAGGCAGAUCCAGAUGUUGCCAAGUUUUUAAACCGAUUAAGUGACUACCUUUUCACUGUAGCCAGAUAUGCUGCAAUGAAAGAAGGCAAAGAGGAAAAAAUCUACCUGAGGCCAGAAUAACCAAAGGGAUCUGGCACCAGCCCUGACUUCUUUAGGACAGAGUUCUGGCCCAUGCCAUUAAAGAUGAGGUGUGCUCCUCAUAUGUUGGGUAGCACAGAUAUGUGACACACUCAAAUCGUAGACUAAGCAGACAUGAUUUCUUGUGAGAAAAUGUGUCCAUGAUAGGAUCCUGUUCCAGUGGCACUUGUUCAUGGCAUGGCAAUUUAUUUGAACAAUAAAAGGAUCAAAGGAAUCCUACACUUACUUCCCACACCACCAAAUGGACCAUGUUAUCAUGAGUCAGACAGCUUCCACUAGAGGUCUCAUUCAUCAGUUGCGAGAUGACCUGCAGCAGAAACAAAUAUGAGCCAAAUAUUUGCACACUGUUCAUUGUUCAUAUAAUUGUGUGGUUAUAUUGGUUAUUUUUAUUAUUUUGUUUUUUUUUUAACCAUCACACUGUGGUCUUUUAAUCUAUUUAAGCAGAUUAUUUUACCUUGCUGUUCUUGGUGUAAUGAUACACAGGAGUUUCUGUUGCUUGUUGAUGAAGCAAUAGGCUUUACCUAUAUUUUGCACAGAGAGAAGUGGAAGCACUGGGUCAAACACAUUUUGCUGCAUUAUUAGAUCAGGGUUCACUGCAUCUGUCAAAUUAGUUGGUGCAACAUUGUUCUGUUAUUAUGGCAUUGUGUUUUGAAUAAACCUGUAGAUAUUUAAUUUAGUUUUGCUGAAAAUUUCUGCAUUAAGAACGCAACAAAAGCUUGGCAAAGCGACUCUUAGGGGUCCGG